AGCAAAUAGCACCCCUCACUUUAUUUGAUUUUUCCACCUAACAUUCCGUACCCCUUUCCUAUGCUUUUGUUUUGUCCUUCCACAAUUUCUAUGUUUCUGUCGCUCUCAAUCUCCCUCCAUCAUAUAUAGGAUACGAGUAACUAUCACAAACUAAACUACUCAUACAAAAUCCGGGAUUGAUCAACCACCAUGUCUGACGAAGUCAACAGCGUUUUCAAGAAAUAUCUCAACCAGCUUCAGCUCCAUCCUCUCAGAACCAAGGCAAUUACUGCAGCAGUUUUGGCUGGUUUUAGUGAUGCAGUUGCUCAGAAGUUAUCUGGGGCCAAGAAGCUUCAGUUGAGAAGGGUGCUUCUUUUCAUGCUCUAUGGUUUCGCCUACUCUGGACCCUUUGGACAUUUUCUCCACAAAUUGAUGGAUAAAAUCUUUAAGGGGAACAAAGGCAAUGAUACUGUUGCUAAGAAGGUGAUCCUUGAACAGAUAACCAGUUCCCCAUGGAACAACUUUUUGUUCAUGAUGUACUAUGGCUUGGUUAUAGAAGGAAGACCUUGGAGUACAGUCAUAAACAAAGUUAAAAAGGAUUACCCUUCUGUUCAAUUGACUGCAUGGAAGUUUUGGCCUAUAGUUGGUUGGGUGAAUUACCAGUAUAUGCCUCUGCAGCUCCGUGUUGUAUUUCACAGCUCUGUUGCUGCUUGCUGGGCAAUCUUUCUGAAUCUGAAAGCAAGGUCUGUUGCAAUUAAGGCUUCCUAGGACAUCAUAAAUUUCACACUUUUGGGUAAUUUUCUGUUUCCUUCCUAUGUAAAUUGGGAUGGAAAAAAUCUACCAUAUUUGUUAAUAGGGGAGCAUUCACCAUAGUUUGUUUGCCAUAUUAGACUAUUCCAUUGCUUGUUAUGACCUGGUUGGUUGGACUAGCACUUGCCAAUAUUGAUACAUGAGAUAUUAGUUUCCUGCUUACUGAUGGUAUCAAAUUAUGGCAAGAAUAGUGUGGGUUAAACUCAAAAAAUUAUAAUCAUAUUUUAAUUUUUAAAAA